AGAAGAAGAAGAAGAAGAAGAAGAAGAAAAAGAAAAAGAAAAAGAAGAAGAAGAAGUAGUAGAGAAGGAGGAGAAGGAGGAAAAAGAAGAAGGAAAAUAAUGGCGUUUGAGAAAAGAAAACGUGUUUGGAAUAUCAUUUAUGUAGUGGUGAUAAUGAUGCUAUAUGGAGGAGGAGGAGGAGGAGUAGACUGCCUUCAGUUCUACGCUGAAUAUUCUACAGUGAUUCCCGGUCCGCCAUCUUCCUUGUUUGGGUACAGUGUGGCUUUCUGGCAAAAAAGAGGAGCAUCAAAGGUGGUUGUGGGGGCGCCAAAAAGCAAGGACUCUGAUCUGGCAGGGGGCAACACAAUGCUGGGAGCGAUACAUGUUUGUGACGAGUCUGAACUGGCCAACUGUUCAAUCCUGCCUGACCUGCCAAAAAACGUGAAACCAGAGUGUACAGAAUGCAAUAAUGAAAAUCUGCAGUUUGAAGGGCCUCAGACGUUCCAGAAUAACACUGUUGGUUUGGGAGAGACACUGGCUUCAAAUGAUAAGGGUGAUAUUUUGAUUGCCUGCGCUCCCCGGUAUCCAGUUUUUGACAAGGAGGAUGGAGGUUUACAGACAAGAGGUGCCUGUUACAUCAUGGCCUCCUCAAUAAUAAGCGUGUUUCCAUUUACAGAGCACAAAUGUUUGAAGGGAAAAAAAAUAAUGGCAGAUGGAAGCAGUGCCAUAAGAAGAACCAGCAACAACAAUGAAUGCAGUGCCUAUGCUUCCUUUGGCUUCAGCGCAGCGUUCAACAAGGUAUCCACGAAGAAAGUGUUCAUCGGAGCCCCUAACGCUUUUAGAAGAGAAGGGGCCACCGUUACUUAUAGCGUCUCAGGAAGGUAUUCAGGACCAAACAAGAUGGAAAUGAUGAAAGAGAGAGACUACAAGAGCAACUUAGAGGGAUGGGCUGUCUCCGUGGGAUUUUUCGGUAAAGACGACAUAAGGAGGGAAGAAUCAGUGGCGGUAACACGACCAGCACAUGGCAAUUAUACUGGGGAGAUUGCGUUCUACACCAAGAAGAUAACGGUGACGAAGGCGCCUAGACCCCUUCAAGGCAAGCAGGUGGGUGGGUGGUUUGGAUAUGCUAUGGUGACUUGUAACGUGGACAAGGACUCCUUCGAUGACUUAGUGGUGGGCGCCCCUCUCACUCACCGAGACAGCCAUAAGUACCCUGACGAAGGAGCGGUCUUCCUCUUCUAUGCGCCCCUUCACUCGAAUCCUCCAAGAAAAUCUCCAUUGGUGCUGCACGGAGACAAACCCUGGGGCCACUACGGUAUCUCUGUCGCCUGUCUCCAGGGUAGAUCAUCCAAGGACUAUACAGGUGUGGCAGUCGGGGCGCCCGGGGUAACUGGGAGAGUGUACAUCUAUAAAGGAGGAGAUGAUGGAUUGCAACCUCAUCCCACGCAGAUCCUUCAGGCCUCAGAGUUCUUCCCCACCGUCACCGCCUCCUACGGGUUUGGCUUCAGCCUGGCAGGAGGAGUGGACAUAGAUCGCAAUGGACUCUCUGAUGUACUAAUAGGAGCGCCCUUCUCGGAUGCCGCUAUUCUGCUAAGAGCCUCGCCAAUCAUCUACCUGGACGCGCAAGUUUGGUUUGACCCUCCAGAGAUAGACAUUAAUGAGAAGAAGUGUGAGGUGGGAGAGCAAAAGACCGCUGUAAUCUGCUCCAACCUCCACAUUGAGAUAGGGUUCUCCAGCGAGGUGUAUGGCAUAACUGAAAUGCUAGAACUUGACCUGGAGCUGACAGUUGACCUUGAGGAGAAGCGUCUGGCCUUUUUCAACGAGGCGACGGGGAAGUGGAGUCACAAAACCACUAACGCAAUUAACAUCACGAGAAACAUGAAUGAAAAUACUCUAACCGUUACAGUCUAUGGGAAGCCUUUUCCCUUCGACUAUGAAACUCCAGUGCACGUAUCAGUAACAGGCAAGUUAAAGGUUUUUCCUCCUCCUCCUUCAUCUGUCGUUCCUCCUCCUCCUCCUCCUGCCUUCAGUUCCUCCCAUCCUACAACUUUCAACUCUACUCUUCAUCUCCUCUGCGAAAGAUGCAACUACAGAACUGAUCUGAGUCUGCACGCCAAUGGACCAGAAUACCUGGUGAUAGGGGAAAGAAAGCUCAACUUAUCAGUCCUUAUCACCUGCCUCAAUGACACGGCUGAGGACACCACGCUGGAGGUGUCCUAUCCUCGUGCCCUGCGCUUUGAGAAUUCAGUAAGCAGUGAAUCGCCUCAUCUAUGCUUGCCAAAGGAAGAGGAAGAGGAGGAAGAGGAGGGUGUGUCCACUCUCAUAUGCAGCUUUACAAAUUUCCUUAAACCUGAGGAAAAGGUUAAGAUGGAAAUAGUCUUCACUCAAAAUAGUGAUGAAUCUCUCCUGCUCCACUCACCAGAAGGGAACACCGCCCCCGUUUUCUUUAACCUCUCUGUGUCCAGCUCCACGGAGGACAUCGACGGAACAGACAACUCCUACAGUGUUCUCGUGCCAACAGUGUCCCAAAUUGACCUCAUUUCUAUAGGGGGCACAGAUGAAGAGACAGUGGAAAUACAGCCAAUGCAAUACCUGAAGACCGUGCUGAAGGUGGAGGAACAAGUGGAAGAGGAGCAGAUGGCGUGGAGGGCCAACACAUCUGCCUUCCACCUUGGUCCACCUAUCAUCCACCAGUUUGUUGUGCAGAAUAAUGGACCUUCACCUCUAAUUGGAUUCCAGGUGGAAGCGUGGUUGCCUCUUGUUUACGAAGGUAGAGAGUCCUAUACCUGACGGAGGAACCUUACACAUUGGGACUCACUUGUGACUAUAAUAAGGACAUUGUUAAUCCCGCUGGUUUUGCACAGCCGUCUGCCCAAAAGUACACAAGGACCCAGAACAAGAAGGACAUUUUCAAAAACGAAGAGGAGGAAGAAGAGAAGGAAGAACAGGAGGAAGAGAAGGAAGAAGAGAAGGAAGGAAAG